GUGUUAUUACCUCACGCGAUCUACAGUCUAUUGUUCUCUCUCCUUGGCUUAGGGUUUCCUCAUUUCACUCGCACUUACAAUGGCAGACGAAGUGCAGUACUCGUCCGGCAGUGACACUGCCGCCAACAAGCGUAAGUACGAGGAACCAACAGCGCCGUCUACUGGCACUCGCAGGCCCACCGGAUUCUCCGCUCCGAUCGCUCCUCAGUCUCCCGACUCUGGCCACGCGCCGCCUCCCUCAUACAACAACGUUCCGCCGCCCGUCGACGGUUUAACCCUUGCAAAGCAGCGUGCUCAGGAGGUCGCCGCCAGACUCUUUAACAACUCUGGUGCCGCAGCUGUCGCUGGUGCCCUCGACGCGAAGCGACCUAAGAUUGAGAAUGGCGCUUCUGGAUUCGAUUCCCUAGACUCUGGAUUCAGCUCCGUACCCCCAGAUGUAAAAUCUCAUUCUCUGCACUCGGUUCCCUCGGCACCGGUUUCAUAUGGCUUCCAGAGUUCGAGCAAGAAGAUUGAUAUUCCAAAUGGUAGGGUUGGUGUUAUUAUUGGGAAAGGAGGAGAGACAAUAAAAUAUCUUCAGCUUCAGUCUGGAGCAAAGAUCCAAGUCACUCGGGAUAUGGAUGCGGAUCCCAAUUCUCCGACUAGGAUGGUGGAGCUCAUGGGUACUCCAGAACAGAUUGCCAAGGCUGAGCAGUUGAUAAGCGAAGUUCUUGCGGAGGUGGCUGAAGCAGGUGGUUCCGGCAUAGUUUCUCGAAGAAUAACUGGACAAACUGGUUCUGACUCAUUUGUAAUGAAAGUCCCAAAUAACAAGGUUGGUUUAGUAAUUGGUAAGGGAGGCGAAACAAUAAAAAAUAUGCAGGCCAGGACAGGAGCUCGAAUUCAGGUGAUACCUUUGCAUCUUCCCCCUGGUGAUAUGUCGACCGAAAGGACACUACAGAUUGAUGGGACCAGCGAGCAAAUUGAGUCUGCUAAACAGUUAGUCUUUGAAGUUAUCAGUGAGAAUCGUGUUAGAAAUCCAGCAAUGGCUGGAGGAUAUUCUCAGCAAGGUUACCAAGCACGACCUCCUACAGCUUGGGGUGCACCUGGGGCUCCUCCCAUGCAACAACCAGGUUAUGGCUAUGUGCAACCUGGAGCAUAUUCUGGACCAUCUCCCCAGUACAACAUGUCUCAGCCUUCUUAUCCCGGCUAUCCUCCUCAACCUGCAUCUGGUGGUUAUCCCUCCAAUUGGGACCAGUCAACUGGUGCACCAUCUCAGCAGACUUCUCAGGGAAGUGGUUACGAUUAUUACAGUCAACAGCAGUCUUCACAGCAACAGCAAACCUCUGGUGGUCCUGCAGCUCCAGCAGAUAAUUCUGGUUACAAUUACACUCAGCCACCACCAUCAAGCUAUAACCAGCAGGGACAAGGUUAUCCUCAAGAUGGCUAUGGGGGGUAUGCACCGCCUCAAUCUGGAUAUGGUCAGCCACCACCAUAUGAUCAGCAGCAAGGUUACACCUCCGCAUCCAGCUACGGGAAUGUGACUAACCCAACACAAGAUGGGCACACUCCCUCCUAUGGGUCCCAGGGGGAGUCAGCCCAGGCUCCACCUGUACCGCCUUCUUCUGUGGGCCAGGCUGGAUACACUAGUGGUCAACAGCCUAGCCCAAGUUCUGCAAAUUAUCCACCUCAAGGAACAACUCAGCCGGGUUAUGGAAUGCCUCCAACUUCCCAAACUGGCUAUGGAAAUCAACCACCGGCUCAGUCUGGAUAUGGGCCUGGAUAUGGACCACCUCAAGCCCAGAAACCUCUUGCCAAUCCCCCAGUUUAUGGACAGGCUACUCAGUCACCUGGUACCCAUGGAGGCUAUGGCCAGCCUGCCCCUGUGCAGUCAGGAUAUCCCCAUUCUCAACCACCAUCAAGUUAUGCCCAACCAGACUCUGGUCCUCAACGCGCUCCACCAUCCACUUAUGGUGCUGCAGCUGGUCAGCCUGGUUAUGGGGCUCCACCAUAUGGCACACCAGCUGGUUAUGGACAGGCGCCACCACCUUACAACACCUAUGGUAGUGCUUACUCACAGCCUCCGGUCUAUUCUGCUGAUGGAAAUACUGGUGGGAACACCCGUGGGGCUUAUGAUGCAGCACCUGCUUCUCAGACCACUCAGCAGAGUGUAGCCGCCAAAACAUCACCCCAGAGUUGAUAUCUGGGGUGUCGUAGUGGUCCUCAAGAGGAGCCGUAUAAACCGGACGGUACGAAAUUUCGCACACUUGGAGCCAUCGGAACGUAUUGGAUCGAGGGCAUUUUCUCUUAAAUUACUAGUGUAUUUGUGUGCAACCUUUUGGAAUCCUUUGCCAAUUUAAAAAAAAAAAAAAAGAA